AUGUGUGUUGCUGAGAGAAUUAAGGACAACAGUAAAACUGCAAUACCUAUUAUGUUUAGUGGAUCGGCUGCAGUUGUGGGAUUGUUGAAAAGGACGAGAGGAGUUGAUGAUGAGAGUCAGGGGUCAAGAGUUAAGAAGAGAAAGAGGCUGAAUGUAACCCCUGGAAAGAGUUAUGAAGAGAUAGGACCAGAGUUUAACUUAGGAUUCCAUGUUCCAAGCAAAGAUCUCUGUGACACAUGCACAAAAUUUGACAUGAAAAAAGAAUCAGGAACUUUUCAUCCUUCAGAUGAAGCAGAGUUGAUUAACCACCUUCGAAGAAAAGAACAAGCAAGAACAGCAAAAUCAGUAGAUAAAUUUGUUGGUGAUACUAUUACAGCAGUGUUUGACUUGCAACAGGUUAUGGUAGCUCCAAAACUGUUUGUUGGGUCAGGCUAUUAUCUUAGAAAAUUGAAUGUUUACAAUUUCACAGUACUUGAACUACAAACUUUACAAGGCUUUUGCUAUACUUGGCAUGAAUGUGAAGGCAAACGUGGGACUAAUGAAAUUGCAUCUUGUUUACUGAAAUGGUUAAAAGCUAAGGAUAAUGAAGGUUAUCAUUCUGCAAUUCUAUACAGUGAUUCCUGUGGUGGCCAAAAUAGGAAUAGAAUUAUGUGCAGUGCAAUACUGCAGUUUUUAAGUCAGGCACAGAAUAUAGAAUUUGUUGAACAAAAAUAUUUUGAAUCUGGCCAUAGCCAAAAUGAGUGUGACAGUAUGCACUCUUGCAUUGAACGGGAAUAUAAAUCAUCCAAUGUUUUUCUACCUUCUGCCUAUCACGAGAGCAUGCGGAAGGCAAAUAAAAAAACAGCCUUAUAUAGUAAUCGAAAAUACUCAUAA